GUUUUGGUUGGGUCAAAAGUUCAAAACCCUUUGCAUACUUUCAGACGCUCUGCGGCCAAAGCACGCAAGAGACAAGAAUUCCAGCACGCAUGCGGAGCGAAUCCAAAGGACAAUACCCCAGGACUAAGUUUGAACCCGUGGAAACCCUGGGGCUGGUUUUGCCAGUUGCGGCCAAUUCAUAACUUCUCUAGGGUUUAUGCUUGUUCUGCUAAUUCCACGCUUGUAUUUCUAAAAUACUAGCCCUUGAGGUGGGGGCUUAUGGUCGCAAACAAUUCCAUCCAAGGGUUAAAGCUCGAUGUCCUAAAUCCUGCGGACGGGGAGAGUAUAGAUUAGAGUGCAAGUGAAUAUGCAAAUGGAGGCUCGAGUUGGGGUUGUUGAGGGAGGCCAGAGGGCUCUGAGUUCGUGCCAUGGAGGCGUCGACGGGGGCGCGAGGAAGUUCCUGCAACAGCAGCAGUCUCGGCAACAUCAUCAUCAGCCGGAGAUGAGUACUGUGUAUCAGCUUUUAGCCGGUGGCGUAGCAGGGGCUUUUAGCAAGACCUGUACGGCGCCUCUUGCUCGCCUCACCAUCCUUUUUCAGGUGCAAGGUAUGCAUUCUGAAGUUGCAGUUUUGAGCAAGGCUAGCAUAUGGCAGGAAGCUUCACGUAUUGCAAAUGAAGAAGGGUUCAGAGCUUUUUGGAGAGGGAAUCUGGUUACCAUAGCACACCGUCUUCCUUAUUCUUCAGUCAACUUCUAUGCUUAUGAAAACUACAAGAGUUGGUUACAAUCUAUUCCUGCUCUGAGAAGUUGCAAUGGAAGUGUGAGGGAUUUUUGUGUGCACUUUGUUGGUGGUGGGUUGGCCGGGAUAACAGCUGCGUCUGUCACAUACCCAUUGGAUCUUGUGAGGACACGCCUUGCAGCACAGACAAAUGCGAUAUAUUAUAGAGGUAUUGGACAUGCGCUGCGCACAAUUUGCAAAGAUGAAGGUUUUUUUGGUUUGUAUAAAGGAGUUGGACCAACCUUGUUGGGGGUUGGACCUGGCAUAGCACUAAGCUUUUCUGUUUAUGAGAGCUUGAGAUAUUCUUGGCAAUCUCGAAGGCCCAAUGAUUCUUCUGCCAUGGUUAGUCUUGUUUGCGGCAGUCUUUCAGGAAUUGCAUCAUCAACUGCAACAUUCCCACUGGAUCUUGUAAGGCGCAGAAUGCAGCUGGAAGGGGCUGGUGGUCGAGCCCGUGUCUAUCAAACUGGCCUGUUUGGGACAAUUGGGCACAUAAUGCGGACCGAAGGCUUGUGCGGCUUGUAUAGAGGGAUACUGCCAGAAUACUACAAGGUUGUACCUGGCAUGGGAAUAGUCUUCAUGACAUACGAGACACUAAAGAUGCUUAUUUCACGUUGGGGAUACUGAUAAUUAGCAGUCAUAUUGCAUCCUGGUGCCCCUUUUUCAACCAUAAAUUCUGCUGAUCAUGUUAUCCAUCCUACCUUUUGGAUGGAAGCUUGGCAAGCACAAGUUUUAAUUUACAGUAUGAUGUAGGUAGAAGAACACUUGUUUUGGCAAUAUUUUACUGAGCACUUCCAUGGUGGUAAAUUUUGUGGCUGCUGCCAUGGUAAACAUUUUUCCGUAUAUAAAUCAUAUGCACCACCACUCAACAAA